AUGUUUGGCAUCUCGUUCUUCGGAUGGUCAAAAGCUUCAAAAUGCAAGAAGCUGAUAAUAAAAGCCCGGUGUACUCUCCGGCUACUCAAGUGGAAGAGGCAGUCAAUAUCAACACAAUUGCGGGAAGAAAUAGCUCUGCUAUUCAACAAUGGUCAUCAUCAUGAAACUGCUGUUACACUGGUUGAGGAGCUCAUUCAAGGUGAAAGACUAGUUGCAGCAUAUGAUUUGAUAGACCAAUUCCUUGAGUUUAUCCUUAACAAACUCUCUUACAUCAGAAAGCAAAGGGAUUGCCCACCUGGUAUUAAUGAAGCAGUUUCUAGUCUCAUAUUUGCUUCUGCAAGAUGUGCGGGUUUUCCUGAACUCCGCCUCAUCAGAAAGCUCUUUCAACAUCGUUAUGGUAAGAACUUUGCAACCGUAGCUGUGGAGCUUCUUCCGAGGAAUCUUGUUAACAAAAAGUUGAUAGAGAACCUCUCACUGUCAGUAAAGCCUGUGCCGGAUGGCAUGAAGUGCAGGGUGGUUGAUGAAAUUCACAACAGUCUCCAACCAAAGGUGGAAGAUUGUAAAGAAUAUCAAUUUGUGGAAAGUGAUGACCAAAUAAAUGACACAAUAGCAGGAUCUAAGAUACACUCCACAAAAGGAGAAGAGAUAGAUAGAGAUGUCACCAAAUCAAGUGAUGUUUUCUCUUUCCCACAAUCCACCUUGAGUGAUUCUUCUGCAUUGGUGUCAACUGUGCAACAUUAUCCCCCACCAAAGACUGUGGAGAAAGUAGAUGACUCUUUUGAUGAGCCAAGUUUCGAGGCAAAUGCUGAAGAAAUGGUAGAAUAUGUUAAUGUUAUUGAUGACGAAUGUGAAGAGUUUCUCAGGGAUCAAGAUGAAUCAACUAGUAACAAGUUAAUGAAAAGGAGCUCCACAAAGAGAAUAUUAAGAAGGAGGUCAGCUUUACCUGAAAGACAUGACACAUUGGAAACUGAAUACAGGAUGUAUUAUGGAAAGCCCCGCAGAGAACACUCUUCUCAAAUGCAUCAUCACACUCAUUAUAGACAGCAUUUGGUAGAAGGAACUUCACAAUCAAGUAGUUAUCCCCAAAAGAGACUGAAGCAACAUGCAGCCUCAGAAAAGGAAAACUACUGCAUACUCUCACCAUGUGGUCAAGGUGGCAGAAAGGGAAAAGGAAAACUACUGCAUACUCUCAUCAUGUGUGAGUGCAGUUUGGACCAACCUUGUUACUGUUGUGUUUACAAUGAUCAAGGAUGUUGGGAAGCUUGGUCAGUGAAGCCACAGAUGAAGAUCAAAUCUACUUAAAUUCAACAAGGUGAACAGAAGAAAAUGUCUAACGAGAAAAUGCAGAAUGGAUUAUCUCCAUCCAAGUUCUCUAAGGCUUCUCUACUGCAAAAUCCUGACUAUUGUUUCUUACUUUUAAAGGCUAAGAUAGCUUAAUGAUUUUUUUUUUCUGUCAAAGUAGUUCAGCAUUGAUUUAUUUUAUGGGAUGUAGAGGCCGUUGAAGAUCUGAAUAGAAGAAAAUGUCUAAUGAGAAUGAGAAUAAUACA